UUCGCUUGAGAAUUGUUUCUCAAUUUAGUGUGUAAAAUGUUUCUGUGUGUCGGCGUGUGUACGUGUACGUGAUUAAGUUUGGUUUGUGUGCGCGAUUGGUACGUGUUUUUUGUGUAGUGUUACCUUGAAAUCUCAGCUCAUCAUUUCUAAUAACAUCAAUUUCAACCCUCAAUACUUCGAUCAACAUACAGCUGCAGCGCUGCACCCGAUGCAGUUGUUCCUGCUCCGUGUGCUUCUGUACCGUACUGCGCUGCAGCUGUAGCUUGUGGCAGAUCUACUCUGCCUCCGUCAUCGUAACUAACGGUCUGUGCCAGACCAUUUUUCAGCAUUUUUGACUGCUUGUGAGAAAGGGAAGUUGCAAAAGUGCUUCCAUAUCACGGUACUUCGGUGCGUGAGCCAUCAAGUUAUCUCAAGUGCACAAGUACGGCGCACUUCCAAACGCAACCCCACGGCGCACCCGUCAGCUGCAGUCGAUGGGAGAAAACCUGGCACCGGCGUGCAUCGCCACGACCGUAGCAACGACAGGAAUAGAACAGGCCGAGGCCGGGUCAUCCGGUGCAACGGUAGCUAGUGGUAGUUACGAAGAUGGUGAUGGAUCGGCUGCCAGUGCUAGGAAAGCGGUGUCGAAAAAGUUCUUUUCUCUCCUCUGGGGCGAAAAGAUAAAGCAUGACGUGUUUCGAAGAUGGUUGCAAGGAUUCUCUUUCAGUGAUUUCGAACCAUCCGCUUUGGUGCAGCGCGAUGGUGGACCCUGUUGUGUAAUAGCCCCGGUCCAAGCGUACCUGCUGAAGAUACUGCUCAUGGAAUCGCCGGAACAUGGUUUCAAUGAGCUUACGGCAGACAAAUGUAAAACGCUUCUGAUACAAGCCGUCUGCCAGAUACUGAUGAAGUGCAAAACGGACGUGUAUCGUAUCGUGACGCUGGAAGACGAUAGCGACAAUGGAUCGAUUUCAACUACAGCAACCAACCAGAGUGUCGAGUCCACCGUCGAUGAAGCGGGUUGUUCUGGAUAUUCCCUACAACAGCACGAUAGCAAUGAAUCGCACCGUCCUGGGAUAGACACACACGAUGCCGCACUAAUUCACCCAUCGGUAAUAGAACGGGCAAAGAGUAUAUGGACGUCGGAGGCAUUUCAUGAACGAAUUCGGUUUCGUGAACAUAAACACAUCGACGAUGUUCACAAGUUCUAUGUGCAAAAUUUUCACGUGCUGACGGACGAAUGCGGUGUACUGUUAUUGCUCUAUACUGUGCUGCAGACCAAGGGGCUAGAACACAUCUUGUCCGAGAUGUCCGAUCCGAACGAAUCGUUGAUACAUGAUACGUAUGGUUGCGGAAGCCAGGCGUUGAUUAACUUGAUGCUGACCGGACGUGCAGUACCACAUGUGUGGGAUAACGAGCAGGAUGUUGGAGGAAUGAAGCUAAAAGGCAUUAACCAGCAGUCCGACAUUGGUUUUAUUACUGUAAUGGAACAGCUCCAGUACUGCACCGUUGGUUUCUUUUAUAAAAAUCCAAAGAACCCCGUGUGGGUGAUGGGCUCCGACACUCAUUUGACAGUGUUGUUUAGUCACGAGAAACGGCUUGUGUCGCCGGAAACUCCCGGCGAGAUAGCCCGCCGCGUCUUUCGCCAGUUCGACCCUGAUGAAAGCAACUUUAUACCGAGUGCAGUGUUGCAGGACGUUUUGUGUGCAUUGGAACUGGUCAGCGAGCCGGAGUAUGUGGAGUUGAUGCGGAGUCGACUAGAUCCGGAAAAUCUCGGUAUUAUCUUACUAAACGCGUUCAUGAGUGAAUUUUUCCCGGACGAGAAAAAAUCCACGCCGGACACAUUUGAUUUGCUACAUUACAAUGGUAUCCCGAACUCCAACUAUGGCAACGUGGUGAAGUACAGCAGGGGUCAGGCGGUAUUGCUGGAGAGUGAUGUGCGAAUGUGCAAUCCCUCCGAUCCGAUGCUUACAUGUUUGCAAACCAAAUGGCCCAACAUUGAGGUGAAUUGGAGCGGCCACCGGACACCCUCACUUAAUUGAUCCGAUGUGUUUGAUUUGCUACCAGAUGCCGAAUCCCAAACCCCGCAACCUGUUUUGGUCAAUUUCUUCUCAUUUCUAUCCUUAUGUAAUUGUUCUAUUCUCUAUUUUCCAUCCUGUUCUUAUGUGCUCUCUGCCAUCAGUACCAGUAAUUGGAUAACAGAUCAGUCCGACUUCUCGUAAAAUUGCUAGGUGCAUUUCAACGCAGGCUAUUUUUUAGCGUUUUAGUAACAAUUUUGUUACCGUGAAGAUUACCGUUUGUUUGCUCUUCAACAUCAGGUAGAUAGCAAUACGGCCUGGUCGUCUCUUCCGAAGUAGGUUUCGAUAGGUUGCAUCAGGAAGUCACAUUGAAGUUUCAUUUGAUGCAUAUGCAAAUUUAUUUUUUGUAAUUGCCGUUGUCAUGGAACUAGCACAUAUUGCAGUUUCAAUGCUCUUUCCCAUGACUUUUGGUGGUCAUGCCUGUUUGAAUGGUUGUAAAAAGUAGUCAUCGUGUUAAACAUUACAUAUUUUGGUGCAAUCGAAAUGUAAAUUGAUGUGCUGUUAGAAUAAGCUUUUCUUAACUUGCAAUAUCCUUUUAAUAACAUUAUUUGCAUGUUUUUUUUUCUUAACUUAUUGCUUAUUGGAUGGAACUCUAAUGGGACAAUGUUUCGAUGUUAAGUUGAAUACACCGAAGAUAACAGAUCGAAUCUCAGGUGGAUCAGCCCAUUAGAGCAAGAAUAUGUUAACGGACAACUUGUUGAAAAUAUGUCUAUUCAGUCAUUACACCGGCAGGCAAGGUCCUAGCAGGCCAUUAAACCAAAAAGAAAAAUCUUUACUGUGCCGGGCAUCAAAGUGCAAAUAAUAGAUUUUGAAAUUCAUGUAACUAUCGCACCGACAUUCGGCGUUUUUCCUUCAAACAUACUCAUAUAUUGUGUUUGUUUUCCGUGCAAAUUGUUUUGAAUAAGACCACCGCAUGCAAUACGACUUCCUCCAUUGUAUUUAUUAGUCUUGCUACUGUGCUUGCUACUAAUAAUUUAUUUUAUCUGCCUGCAUCAAUGACGAGUGGCGUUGUUUUAACUUCUUCUCCCUUCUAUCCUUGGCCCUGUCCUAGGACUAUCCUAGCAUUCUAAUAAUCUCUCAUAUAUACUUACCUGUGGCCUUGCGCUUUACGUACAAGCGUUUCGCGAGAAAUCUCGAUGGGGUAAAAAAGCAAACAAACAAAAAAGGAAUGCACAACUUCGUAAUCGAAUAAAAUGGUUGUGUUGUGCAACAUACUCGCGAGUCAGUAUAGGUAACAAUUUAUUCAAACGAAUCGAUGUAUUGCGAACAAUGGGUAAAGCCAUUUAUUUCGGAUCGGUUUACCGUGCGGAUAUCUCUGUUUCAUUGCAUCCUUACAACCAUUAAGCACAUACUCACCAUUAAGGUUAACCAUAGCUGCAGCAUUUUCCCUGACCAAUCCAUAGACGAAAGUUGUAUAAACUGAUCCUCUUCCCAUUUAGUCAAAAUGUCAGCAACGCGACUGUGGAGACGGUUAAUGCAAAUGAACAGCCUUGGAGAAAACCGAUGCGACUCCUCUAAAUCCAAGUUCUAAAGUCUGUUGAGAAUACACUAUGAUAAAUAUGAUACAAAAUCGGACUGGUUUUUAUUACUUAUUAUUUUUAAGAUUCAGUGGUUCGGCCCCACCGCACACACGGUGCCGAGCGACAUGUUUAUUGCAACAAUCGAAAUAGAAUAAAAUCUUUUUUGAAUCGAAUAUGCACACGGCUUUUACGCGAAUAGUAUUCAAAUGAAGGUUUCUUGUUUUUUUUUGUUGAUCGUAAUUAACUCAUAAUCGCUGUUGGUCGUUGUCGUGGCUCUGUACAUAAAGUGGUUCACUAUCUGAACUGAAUUAUUAAUGGGAGGGGGGCGGUCUCGGUCCCGUCGAGAUUUGAUCCCCGAACGGAUCAGCUAUAGUAUUGUGCGUUAACGACUUUAGAUAAAAUACCUGUGAAAAGAAAAUGGACUCAUAUGAAUCAGAUUCAUAAAUGAAUAAUGCUACCGUGAAGUGUGGAAAAGUACGGUUCCCUUACAAGUCGCGCAAUGAGUAAGUGUUGUUGAAAGGGAUUUAGAUAGAUAAUAGUUUGAGAAUGCAUGCAUAGUCUAAACUUAUGUUUUUUUUCUUUUUGUGUUUCAUGUUGCUGAG